AUCUCCUAUGGAGCGUCUUGAUUCGUCAGAAAAAACUCAAGGGCCGAGCCAGUCGCAAUUCAUACAAGGGAAAUGCUCGAAUGUUAGAGCUGUGCUUAGCAUCGUCUUGUCGGCGAUUGGUUUGGGCGUAGUUAUGUUACCAUCAAUAUUAGCAGCGAGUGGUUGGAUCGGCGGAAUACUAGUGGUAUCUCUGGGAUGCGUAUUUGCAUUAUUCGCAUUAUCACGUUUAUAUUUGGGAAUAACAUUGACGCCGUCAUCGAAGGGACCAGUGUAUACGUAUGAGGAACUAGGAAGAGUUUGCUUUGGGAAAGCGGGUUUUAUAUUUACGGCUAUCGUUGUACAUCUCACUAUGGCUGGUUUAUGUGCAUCGUUGUUGGUGUUGUUGGGUGAGAAUACUACGAAGUUGAUACCAGCAUUAUCACAACGUAUAUGGAUAGUGAUUUGGGCAGUAUUUUUCAUACCAUUCACCUUCCUACGAACGAUGCAUGAAGUGUCGUAUGUCGCAGCAGUUGGUAUGGUAUCGAUUCUCACCUUAUUUAUUAUAAUCAGUGCUAAUGGGCUUAUGGUUGGGUUGACAUCACACGAAGAGGUAGAGCAUGAUAUGUUCGUUGCCGACGUAACGAAAUUAGCAACGAAUUUCGGCGUGUCUAUUCUGGCGUAUAAUACCACCAACUCGACGGCUACUCUGGUGCGCGAUAUGAGCCAACCGAAACGCUUCGUGCCGGUCUCCAGGGUGGCGUAUGUUAUGAUUUAUACCAUUUACGUCGCAAUAGGAAUUUGCGGCUAUUACGGUUACGGUAGAGCGCUGCUAGAACGACCGAUAUUGGAUUUGAUCGUUCCCCCUGGUGACGCAGUCUCUGGUGUUUGGGCUUAUAUAACGAUAAUUGCGAUAUUGCUUACAGCCAUCCCUCACUACGUGGUACUCCUGUUGCCGAUAGUAUCAUCAGCAGAAUAUGUGUUUCACAUUCCUGUUGAUGACAAUUCACGACCGGCUGCAUUACGCCGUUUUCUAGUCCGUCUAGGAUGCAUCGUCUUUACGGCGAUCAUUGCAGUAUCGGUUCCCAACUUGUCAAGUCUCCUUGAUUUAGUGGGCUCGGUGACGAUGGUGUUUAUGGUUGCUAUGAUGCCUUGUAUAUACUACGUCAGAGUUAGGCAAAUGAACGAAGGUUCGCUCGGUGUCUACGUCCGCAAGCAUAAACUAGAGAGCUUUAUUAUAGUCGUAGUCUUAAUAUGGUGUAUACCAAUGAUAAUCAUUGGCACAUACGGUGCUGUACAACAUUUCGGUUGAUUAUUUAACUUUAUCUGUCAACUUUUUAGUCGUUUCAGAAAGUAAAUUUUCCAAACAGUCAGGACGG